AAUUAAGGUAACUGGUGCACGGACUCCGACCUCCGACACCAAACAGGAACCAAGGAAUUGUAAUGGACAAUGUGCUACUUCACUUUCGGCUAAUUCGAACAUGAAUAAGACUGAUCUUGAAUCUUCGACAAAUGCUCAAGCGAGCACUCGAACAGUGCAUUUCUCUGUUGGUAAUGAUUUGACAGAAAAAAAUGUGGAUUCUUUGGAGAAGGAAGGCAACACUAGUUUUAAUGCGAAAAUUGACGCUAGUUCAAUCAGCAUGAACUCUUCUAAUCACUCUAUAAUUCUAUUCUUUUCAUUUAGAUAUAUGCAAACAAUCGAACAUCCGCCAAUCAUUGAUUUUUAUCGAAAUACUUUGGAUGUUGGUGGUGUGAUGAAUUCGCGUCCAUCCAUGAAUCAACUUAUUCACGGUGACCCGUCUAUUGCAGAUAGCGCCAUUGAAGAAUUCAGGACCCAUACAGAUCAAAUUAUUUAUGCCGAAGGUGAACCUUCAUCACCACAGUUAAAGAAAUUUCAACCUCCAGCCGUCGCUCCUCGAACCAAAUUUGGUUGGGUACAAGGUGUUUUUGUAAGAUGCUUAUUGAAUAUUUUCGGCGUGAUGCUUUAUCUUCGCGUUAGUUGGGUUGCUGGUCAAGCAGGAAUCGCCCUCGGUUCGCUGGUUGUAUUUCUUGCUUCAGUGGUUACAUUCAUAACAGCUUUGUCUACUUGUGCAAUUUGUACAAAUGGCGAUGUGAAAGGUGGUGGAGCUUAUUUCUUGAUAAGCAGAUCACUUGGUCCAGAAUUUGGUGGUUCCAUUGGACUCAUAUUUUCUGUUGCAAAUGCUGUUGGUGCUGCAAUGUAUAUCGUCGGUUUUGCUGAAACUGUUCGAGAUGUAAUGCGCGAGUAUGAUUAUAUGAUCAUAGAUAGUGGUAUGAAUGAUGUUCGCAUAAUCGGCCUUGUCACCUGUACGAUUCUUAUGGCGAUUGUUUUUAUCGGAACUCAGUUCGAGAGUAAAAUGCAGAUCGGUCUUUUGAUUAUUCUUUUACUGUCAAUAAUAAAUUAUUUCAUCGGAACUUUCAUUCCUGUGACGAACGAACAAUCCAUUCGCGGCAUUACUGGCUUUAGCUUUACUACAUUGAGCGAAAAUAUGUUACCCGCAUUCCGGGGUGGUGAAAGCUUUUUUUCCGUUUUCGCUGUUUACUUCCCAGCUGCAACUGGUAUAAUGGCGGGUGCUAAUAUCAGUGGUGAUCUUGCAGAUCCUCAGAAAGCUAUUCCCAAGGGGACACUGUUGGCUAUUUUUUUUACUACUAUAAUUUAUAUAAUGAUUGUUUGGAUGACUGGCUCAACUUGCAUACGUGAUGCAGACGGUAUAUUUGCACCUGUAAUUGUAAAUGGGAAUCAUAUAAAACCGGCUUGUGCUGUUAAUUCAACUUGCCCCUAUGGUUUGAUGAAUUAUUUUCAGGUUAUGGAAAUUGAAAGCUUCUGGGGCCCACUGAUAACUGCAGGGAUUUUUGCAGCAACACUUAGUUCCGCUCUAGCCAGUCUUGUCAGCGCUCCGAAAAUUUUUCAGGCAGUAUGCAAAGACAGACUUUUUCCUAAAGUCGAAAUUUUCAGCAAGGGUUAUGGCAAAAAUGAAGAACCACGACGCGCUUAUUUUCUUGGUUUUGCUGUUAGUAUGGUGAUGAUAUUAAUAGGCGAACUAAACGCAAUUGCUCCAAUAAUCUCAAAUUUUUUCUUGGCUUCUUAUGCUCUGGUAAAUUAUGCUUGUUUUGAUGCGUCUUUUGCCGAUUCACCUGGCUUUAGACCCAGUUUCAAAUAUUAUAAUAUGUGGGUGUCAUUAAUCGGUGCCCUUCUUUGUAUUAGCGUUAUGUUUAUUAUUUCGUGGUCUACCGCGCUGUUGACAUUUUUCUUUUUUGCGAUGAUAUUUCUGUAUAUUCUGCAUAGGAAGCCUGACGUCAACUGGGGUUCUUCAACGCAAGCUCACAGUUACAAAAAUGCAUUACUUGCUGUUCAAAAAUUGGCAAAUACCGAAGAACAUGUUAAAAAUUAUAGGCCACAGAUUUUAGUUUUGACAGGAAAUCCUGCAGCUCGUCCUUCUUUGGUUGAUUUCGUUUAUAAUAUAACCAGGGGCUCAAGUCUUAUGAUAUGCGGCUAUGUUAUACCGUAUUCUCCUUGUGGCCCUAUUUUUGGACUUCUUCAAAAAAUGGAUCGUCAAAUGAAUGAAUGGUUUAGGAAACGUCAUGUGAAAUCAUUUUAUGUCUCCGUCGCUAAUCCGAGUUUGCGUGCUGGUGCUCAAAAUUUGCUUCAACUGGCUGGGCUUGGUAAACUAAGGCCUAAUAUUUUGAUCGUUGGCUUCAAAGGAAAUUGGUAUAUGCGAGGAAGAAUUGGCCUUGAUGAAAUCAAUGAUUAUUUUGGUGUCAUCCAAGACGCCUUUGAAAGCAACAUGGGUGUUGCAGUGUUUCGCAAUGUUGGCUCGGGUCUUGAUUAUAGUGAGCUUAUGAAACGACAUAAUGUCGGUGAUACUGCUCGUUUGAAUUUGCCUGAAGUUGGCCACUGUAUGGAACAAAAGAGGUAA